UUCGCCGAAAAUGGGAGUAAAUCUGGUGAAUUUAAUUGUUUUGAGCUGGCAACACUAUAAAUGCGUUGCUAUAGUAACACAAUACAAACAAGAUUUUCAUUUUCGCCAGCAAUGAUUUUGAGUCGAGUAAAGCCGGCAAUAAGUGACCCUGGUACUUCAGUCCGUGACAGUUCUACCAACAAUGUCCCCAAAUUCGAGGAUUAUCUCAAAAACCGGGACUACACCGGCGCAAUGACUCUACUAGAGUUUAUGCAAAUGCAAGAACCAGACUCGAAUAUAGACCUUUGGAUGGGCUACUGUGCAUUUCAUCAAGGCAACUACAAAAAAUCGUUAUCAAUUUAUGAAAAUCUCCUGAAAUCCAACCCAAAUCAUGAAAAUCUCGCAGUCAACUUGGCUUGUUGCUACUUUUAUUUGGGGAUGUACGAGGAGUCGAAGGAAAUUUUACAAAAAGCAGCCACAAGUGGGCUGAAAACACGGUUAAACUUCCACUUGUCGCACAAAUUGAGGGAUGAGGGGGCUCUGAUGGAGCACCAUGAACAAUUGCAGGACGUCCUUGAGGACCAGUUGAGUCUCGCAGCGAUUCACUACUUGAGGGCUCACUACCAGGAGGCUAUCGACAUUUACAAACGAUUAUUGUUACAAAAUCGCAAUAACUUGGCUUUGAAUGUUUAUGUGGCGCUUUGUUACUACAAACUUGAUUAUUACGACGUGUCGCAAGAAGUUUUAACUUUGUAUCUCAACCAGUACCCAGAUUCGGUCAUUGCAACCAAUUUAAAGGCUUGCAACCACUUUCGCCUCUACAAAGGCUCAGUGGCCGAAAACGAGCUGAGAUCAAUCGUGGAGCAAAGUGCAAAUGUCGGUUUUGGGUACGAUUUAGUCAAACACAAUUUGGUCGUUUUUAGAGAUGGGGAAGGGGCCAUGCAGGUGUUUCCCUCUCUGGUUGACGUAAUCCCCGAAGCGAGACUAAAUCUGGUCAUUUAUUAUUUACGAAAUGACGAUGUUAAGGAAGCUUAUGAUUUGUUGCAAGAUUUGCAACCAGCCGUGCCUCAGGAGUAUAUCCUCAAAGGGGUCGUCAAUGCGGCGUUGGGACAAGAAUUAAACUCGCCCGAUCAUAUUAAAACAGCAGAGGAGUGUUUCCAACUGGUCGGGAGUUCGGCCAGUGAGUGCGAUACCAUCGAUGGGCGGCAGUGUAUGGCCGCGUUCUUCUUCCUGGCUGGGCAGUUUGAGGAAGUCCUCGUUUAUUUGUCCUCAAUCAAGAGUUUUCUUCACGCAGACGACACGUUCAAUUUCAACUUUGCUCAAGCCAAAACAGCUUGCAACCAAUUCAAAGAAGCCGAAGAGACAUUUCUCCUGAUCCAAGAGCCGAAAAUCAAGUCGAGUCCGAUUUACAUUUCCAACUUGUCUCGGUGCUACAUCAUGAAUGGGCGCCCCGAACCGGCAUGGGAGCUCUACCUGAAAAUGGAAAGCAGUCCCGAGAGCUUCAAUUUGUUGCUCUUGAUCGCGAAUGACUGCUACAAAAUGGGGCAAUUCUGGUACGCCGCCAAAGCCUUCGACAUGCUGGAUCGUCUGGACCCCAAUCCGGAGUUCUGGGAGGGAAAAAGGGGGGCCAUCGCCGGCGUUUUUCAAGCCGUGUUGGCCCAGAAACUCCCCGUGGACGUGCUGGGGGACGUGUUGCAACUCCUGAGGAGCAGCACCUCCACCCAAGCCGACCAAAUCGCCAAAGUUGUGCGACAAUGGGUGAAGGAAAAGUCGCAAUUUCGAAGCUAGGAAACCCUUGUGAUUUUUUAAUUAUUGAUGAAGUAAAUUUAGUCAAAAAUGA